AUGAACAAAGUUACCACAUAUUUUAUUGAUUUUAAUGCUCCACAAGAAGGUACUGAAAGUUGUAAUCACACUGAAGAGCUUCCCGCUAUUCCAGAAAUGUCUUUAGAUCUCCGAUCAGCACUAGAACAACUAAAAGCUUUGCAUCUAAGCUCUAAUAAAACAAAAAAAAAACGGUUUUCUCGUUCUCAAAAUCAUAAACCAUCAAAAAUUCAUGGGUUUACUGCUUAUAAAUCUUAUUAUAGCCGAAAUUUUUUAUCUGUUUCACAAGGUUUAAUAUCAGCGAUUUUAUCUAAAGCAUGGGCUUUGGAAAAAAAUCAGCAUGUAUGGGAUCUUUAUGCGAAACUCUACAGAAGAUACAAAAGAAAUCUGUCCUUUUCUGAAUGGUUAGAAAAAAACACUGUAUCUGCUGAAAGUUCAAACUUUGAAUUUGAUGAAAAAAUUAAGAGUUUAAACACAUCAAAAAUUAAUCCUUCUGCAAUGUAUGAAACAUUUGAUUCUUCAAGCUCUUCACCACAAAUAUCUCUAGACAUGCAGCCAGCAAACUUUGUUGACAGCACACUACAAUUAUCACUAGAAGUUCUGCCAUCUUCUAUACAUGCGGGAUCUGGCCUACCUUAUAUAACUACUGAUAUGAGUGAUAAUAGCAGAGAUUUUGUUUUACAUCUUACCCCUGAGAAUAAUACUGAAAUUUCUAAUGAAAGUCUUGAUGUGACCCUCUCAAUGAUAAGCUCAUCAUCUAAAAUUUCCUCAAGCUAUAACGAUCUUCUUCAUAUAUUUGGGCCCGAAUGGCUUCAGGAAUCAGAAUACUUAGGAUAG